AUGUGUGAUAUUUUUGAUGCUGCAAUAAAAGGAGACAUUCAAAGCCUUCAGCAGUUUAUAAAUUCUGGAGUGCCAAUAGAUUCGACCGAUAAUUGCCAACGGACAGCACUUCAUCAUGCAGUUUGCUCCGGAGCUCUUGAGUCCGUUCAAUGGCUUUUGUGGAAAGGAGCCGAUGCAAAUUCUACCGGUCUAAAAGGGUGGACCCCAUUGCAUUUUGCAGCGGUUGGAGGGCACAAUAAAUGUGCAGAAGCACUAAUAUCGAGACGGGCAGAUCCUAAUAUCAAAGACGGCAAUGGAAAUAUUCCUGGACAUUUGGCGGCUAUUCACGGCAAUACAAUGACACUUGAUGAGCUACUUAAGUCAGAUAUGAAUAUUCACGCCCUCAACCACAUGGGAUGGACAAUGCUUCACAAUGCGGCCUUUCAUGGACGGCUUGGAUGCAUCAAACGUCUGCUUCAAGCAGGACUCUCUGCAGAAGAGCAAUCAAAAGAUGGAAACAAUUCACUUCAUCUUGCUGCCAAAGAGGGUCAUCUCCCAGCUGUCCAAUGCUUACUCAAUUCCUCAGUCAACUGGCUUUCUCUUCUUGAAGCUCGAAAUGAUAUGGGUGCGACAGCGCUUGAUCUCGCCAGUGAGUUACGAAAGCGCCAUGUCGUUGCCUAUCUAGAACAGGUUAAAUGGGGUCGGUGCCUACCAACUCCAAAUGACUGUAUGAACCUGGAAUCUUCCGCGCAUCCAGGCCACGUCGCCGUAAUACAAGGGGAUCUGCCAAUGCUAAAGCGUCUGUUUGACGAAGGCAUCAUAAAGCUUAAUGAAGUCGACGCGCAGGGUGCCACCCUCCUGCAUAAAGGUAACGCAAUCAUAUUUCUACUUUUACAUGAGCUGGACUAA